UCGCCGAAAGGAACGGCACAGAGAUAAUUGAGGUUCGCGCCCCUCCAUCACGCACUCGUUUUGUUUCGUCCUUGCCUCUGCCCAACUCGGCUCCAUCAUCCGGUUUGCACGUUCCGCUUAACAAUUCCGUCAGUCGACAAUGAGCAGUGCUGAACCGCAGACGAAGAAAACGAAGAUGGCAUCGAGUUUGGAACAAUUGAAGCAGGUCACCACCAUCGUGGCCGAUACCGGUGACUUCGAGGCCAUGAAAACGUACAAACCGACCGAUGCCACGACUAACCCUUCGCUGAUUUUGUCCGCUGCUGGCAUGGACCAGUACCAGCACCUCAUCGAUAAGGCCAUCAAACACGGCCAAAAGGCGGGAGCCACGGCGGACGAAAAGGUUUCGGAAGCUGCCGACAUGCUGUUCGUGCUGUUCGGAUGCGAAAUCCUGAAGCUCGUGCCGGGCCGUGUGUCGACUGAAAUCGAUGCGCGCCUAUCCUUCAACAAGGAAGCCUCGAUCGCGAAGGCCCUCAAGCUGAUCGCACUGUACGAAGAGCAGGGUAUCAAGCGAGACCGGGUGCUGAUUAAGCUGGCCUCGACCUGGGAGGGCAUCCAGGCGGCCAGCGUCCUGGAGAAAGACCACAACAUUCACUGCAACCUGACGCUGCUGUUCUCGUUCGCCCAGGCCGUGGCUUGUGCCGAGGCGGGCGUGACGCUGAUUUCACCCUUCGUGGGCCGCAUUCUCGAUUGGUAUGUGGCCAACACCGAUCAGAAAUCGUUCGCUCCCGAAGCGGACCCGGGCGUCGUGUCGGUGACCAAGAUCUACAAUUACUACAAAAAGUUUGGCUACAAAACCGUCGUGAUGGGCGCGUCGUUCCGCAACGUGGGCGAAAUUAUGGCCCUGGCCGGGUGCGAUUUGCUCACGAUCAGCCCGAAACUGCUCGGAGAUCUGGAGAAGAGCACGGAACCGGUCAAGCGGUACCUGGAUGUGGAUGUUGCAAAAGCAUCGAAGCUGGCCAAGAUUCAGAUGGACGAGGCUACGUUCCGCUGGAUGCUGAACGAGGAUCAGAUGUCGAGUGAUAAGCUUGCGGACGGUAUUCGCAAGUUUGCUGCCGACGGUCGAAAGUUGGAAACGAUGCUGCGUGGCUUGCUGGAAGCGGCAGAGUAAAGCCUGCGGAAACCGUGGCAGGCCGGCCGCACACUGUUUAACAGGCAAGCAGCGGCACCGUGCUUAAGAGAACCCACUAAUCUCUUCCACCGGCAAGCACCGGCCGAAUAACAUGUGUGCUAUUUUGGAGCUCUUGACUGUAUGUUUUGUAUUUGUGAAAUAAAUUCGAUUUCUUCUCCGUU